AUGGAGCAGGUUUCUUUGCAUUUAAGUCAUAUGAGGGAGCAGAAUGAAACACUGAUUCACGAGAAUGAUCGACGUGGUACGUACCAGGCUCGACAACAUGCACAGAGAAUUGACCGUGGCGCAGAAAAUAAGGAAAUUCUGAAUUGGGUCUCAACUGCCCUGCCUCACGAUGAUCAUACCCGAAUCCUAGACCAUGGAAAGCUGAACAGCGACUACGCACAGUCCGGGAAAUGGCUCUUUCGCCGUUCAGAAUUUGAGUCAUGGAAUACCAACGAUGACAGUCAGUCUGUACUCUGGUUGCUCGGACCAGUUGGCACAGGGAAGAGUUCUUUAGUUUGCCUUACCAUUGAACAACUUUUGAAUCAGUCAAGAACCAUUGGCAAAGAAACCGAUCGACUCGCAUUCUUCUACUGCUCGAGAAAGCAAGGAACAGAAGAAGCUAACAGUCCAAAAACGGUUCUUCGAAGUCUCCUUCGUCAACUAGGCUGGUCAAACAUCAAUCUCUCAGUCGCACCAACCAUCAAAGAGAGAUACCGACAAUGGCAGCAAGAUCAGGGCUAUGGUGGCCGUCAACUGCUAGCAGACGACUGCGUCAAGCUGCUCACUCAACUUAUCGCGUCCAAUCACCACACUGCAAUCAUCAUUGAUGCUUUGGACGAGUGUUCCGACUUUGAUGAACUCCUGUUUCAUCUUGAGAAAAUAAUGUCAGCCAGUCAAGGCAAAGUCAAGUUUCUACUUUCAAGUCGAAUGCAUGUUCCUGUGCACGAGAUAUUCCCAGUCAAUGCCAGGAUAGAAGUCGGUCUGGACAACAAAGAUGACAUUGAAACUUUUAUCAAGACCAAGAUCGAGCAGAAUCAACGACGUCUUGAACAAUGUAAGUCGUCGGAUCUCAAGGAUCGAAUGAUUAAGACACUGAGUGACCGCGCUCAGGGAAUGUUCCGAUGGGUUGAACUGCAACUGGAUGUUUUUUUCAAUUCCAAGUCCAAGAUCAGACGCCCAGAUGUCUUCAAACGAAAGCUUGAAUCGCUUGAAUCCGGAUCUGGAAUUCCCGAGCUGGAUGAAGUGUAUGAUGAAAUUUACGAUAUGAACGUUUCAACAGACGAAGACUGCAAGGCAGCAGAGCGAACACUGAAAUGGAUGAUUUGUUGCCAUAUACCUUUGAGCAUCGAGAUUCUCGUGAAAGCAGUGUCUUAUGAUUCAAAUGGUUCCCUCGACGAGGCUGUCGAUGCAGACUAUCUUUUGGCAAUCUGCAGUAACUUCAUCAUCAUCGAUCAUAACCAAAUGGUCCAGUUCGCGCAUCUUUCGGUUCGGGAAUAUUUGGUGGGCGGCGCAAAUCAUGGAUAUACUACUGCCGGUGCAAAUUACCAGGCCGCAAAGACCUCCAUCUUAUAUUUGAUUAAUGAAUGCUCCCAGGGUGAUUCGGACCCGAGCAAAGAGGAUGGGUUUCUUCAAUAUGCAGCAUUACACUGGCCAAUCCACUAUUCACUAGCAUUGGUGGAUGACGACAAAGGGGACACCUUGAAGCAGCUUGUCGACAAGUUCUUGUCCCCUUCAGAGCCAAGUGACGGAUUCACUACGUGCUUACAAAUCUGGGCAGAUGCCUUGCCGGACAUCGAAUCCCUGGAAAUGAAUCUGAAGAUCAGGGCAAGCCUCAAUGCAACUAAAUCUCCAGUGUUUACAGCAUGUGCCUGGGGGGUUCCUGGUGUGAUACAGAAGGCUUUAUCUGCCGGUUUCAAUCUAGAUGAGCGUAAUGAUCCUGGUGAUACCGCUCUGGCUGUGGCAGCUUACUUCGGUCAAAUUGAAAUAACCAGACUGCUACUAGACAGCGGAGCAGACGUUAAUUCAAUUGGAACUGAAUAUGGCUAUACCCCUUUGCACCACGGGUCAUCAGCUCCGUUGUUUGAUGUGUCGCCGCUUGAAGUUGUCCAACUUUUGGUUCAGCAUGGGGCAGAUGUCACGAAGGCAAGUCAAGGUACCAUGAAUGGUCAGCGGACACCGUUACAUCUAGCGACAUACCAUGAAAAUCAAGAUGUACUCCAUUUCUUACUAGAGAAAGGAGCUAGGGUCAAUGCCAGAGACAAAGAAGGCUUGACGGCUCUAAAUUCAAUCUUCGGUGAGAACACUGAGAUUGCACGACUUCUUCUGGAACACGGCGCAGAUCCGGAUCUAGAAGACAACAACGGUCAAGCGCCUUUACAAAAAGCAGCAGCAAAUGGACGAGUGGAGAUGGUCAAGCUCCUUUUGCAGCAUCAGGAUCUUGGGUCAGAGGCAGAAAAGUGGAUUCGGCAAGCACAAUUUUACAAUGCAGUUCGUGAUGGGGAUGAAGCUACCGUUGAGUUGCUGCUGGAAAAUGGAAUUGAUAUGACGAUGAAAAAUUUGCGGGGAGAAUAUCCGCUGCACUGGGCCAUGCGGGGUGGGAGCCUGAGGGUUGCGUCUCUACUUUUCCAGAACGGCGCAGGCAUUGAUGCAGCAGAUGACUAUGGUUGCAGUGCACUAUUCGUUGCUUGCCAUAAUACUAAUGAGGAAAUGAUGAAGUUCUUGCUGGACAAAGGGGCAGAAAUCAAUAUGAAGGAAAGGACGGGUGAAAAUAAAGGUCAGUACAACACGGUACUCUCUUUGGCGACUGCCCUAGGGGAGUGCCAGAUAGUUGAAAUGCUGUUGGGAAGGGGAGCAAGCCCACAAAGUGCGGAACUUGAUUCGCUGGAGCGAUACAGAGGUAUUCCACUGAAAGAGUUUGAGAAGGCCCGAGAAAUUGUUCGUUCACAUAUGAGAUAG